AUGGAAAUGCUCUCCUCCAAGACUGGUAGAUGGACAGAGUCAGUUGUAUCCUGCCCAAGAAGCUUUUGUUUUAAUAGCUUGCAUAGCAAUGCAGGGGUUGCGCAUAAUGGAAUGCUCUACUGGUGGAGCUCUAGUGAUGGCUUUGUUAUUGGUUUGGAUCCUUACACCAACAACAGCUCCAACUCGGCUAAAUAUUGUUUCCAUUUCAUUGAUAAACCUCAAGAUGAGUCGGAGUCGGAGUAUGGAAGAACAUUUGAUUUCAUGGGUGUGUCUAGUAGAGGGCGUUUGAGAAUGUGCCAGUACUCCCCCGCAUAUGUUGGUGAUACCGAUGGUCAUGUGAGUGUUUGGGAGUUGAAAGAUGACCACCAGAUGGACAAGGACAUGGACACGGACGACGCUGCAUCUGCAUGCAAUGACAGUGGCAGAUGGUGUUUGGUAGGCAGAAUUACCCUGUUACAAAUGCUUCCGGAAAACCAGUUGAUGAUAACAAGGAAAUAUUAUGGCAAAUGGCUUAACACAGUUAUGGUGCUCGCUUUCCACCCAAAUGAUGAUGAUAUCUUGUUUUUAGAGUUUUCUCAACACAUCAUCAUGUGCAACAUUCGCGAAGCAAGGCUAGCGGAGGUUACGGGCAUCCCGUGUUAUUAUGGUAAGAUUCACUCUGCUAGACCUGUCUUCCCAUUGGUGUUGGUGGCCGACACCAAUACUUACUCGACACAAACUGGCGGCCUCCUCGUCCUCCUUGAAUUCCCACGUGCGCCGUGUUACCACUUAUACUACUAG